GAAAAAAAAAAAGAGAGGGAUAUAGAGAGAGAGAGAGAGAGAGAGAGAGAGAGAGAGAGAGGAGAGUCUUGAUUAAGGAAGAGCUUAUAUGAGGCUUUACAUUUUUUGGUUUCAGAGUGUUUUUCUCACCAACAAACAAUCUCUUUUUUUUUCUUUUUUCUUUUUUCUUUUUUUUCUUUUUCUCUUUUUUUUUCCUCUGAAUAUGCUUUGCUAUUAGCUAAAGGCUAAAAAAGAAAAAAACAAACCCAACAUUCAUUUAUCAAAGAUUUAAUUCCAAUAUAUACCUGCCAUGGAGUUUGAAUCUCGCCGGAAAACCAAUCAUUUUCCGGCGAUGUGACCGGAAAUAGCAGUUGUCGUUUUCUGAAAGAGGCUGCCAAGAUUAGUCUUUUUUAUUUGGAUAAAAAAAAAAAAAAAAAUCGAAUCUUGAAAUCGGAAAUCAAAGGAUGAGAAGCGUUAACAACAGCGUGGAGACCAUCAACGCUGCUGCUUCUGCUAUAGUCUCAGCCGAGACUCGAGCCCAACCCACCGCCGUUCCUAAAAGAAGAUGGGGUAGCUGCUGGAGUCUCUACUGGUGUUUUGGAUCGCAUAAAAACACCAAGCGAAUUAGCCAUGCUGUCCUUGUUCCUGAACAAGUGGUGCCAGGAGCUGCAGUCCCUGCAGCUGAAAACCAAAUCCCAUCAACAGCCGUUGUGCUUCCGUUCAUUGCCCCUCCUUCUUCUCCUGCAUCCUUCCUCCAAUCAGAUCCUCCAUCAGCUACACAAUCUCCAGCUGGACUGCUGUCAUUGACUUCUCUUUCUGUCAAUGCCUACUCUCCGGGUGGACCUGCAUCCAUAUUUGCCAUAGGUCCUUAUGCAUAUGAGACUCAGUUAGUAUCUCCGCCUGUAUUUUCUACUUUCACCACUGAACCAUCCACUGCUCCUUUCACUCCCCCACCAGAAUCUGUGCAACUGACCACACCUUCAUCGCCAGAAGUUCCAUUUGCUCAACUUCUGACGUCAUCACUGGAUCGAACUCGUAGAAACAAUGGAACCAAUCAGAAGUUUGCAUUAUCCCAUUGUGAAUUUCAGCCUUACCAACCAUAUCCAGGAAGCCCAGGUGGUCAGCUCAUAUCACCAGGAUCAGUUAUCUCAAACUCUGGUACAUCUUCUCCUUUCCCUGAUAGACACCCUAUUCUUGAGUUCCGCAUGGGGGAAGCCCCCAGGCUCCUUGGUUUUGAACAUUUUACCACUCGUAAGUGGGGUUCAAGGCUGGGUUCUGGUUCAAUAACACCAGAUGGUCUAGGGCUGGGUUCAAGGCUGGGUUCUGGGUGUUUGACACCAGAUGGUAAUGGACUAGGAUCGAGGAUUGGUUCUGGAUCUUUGACACCAAAUGGUGCAGGGCUGGCUUCUAGGUUAGGUUCUGGAUGUUUGACACCUGAUGGUGUGGGGCCUGCCUCAGGAGACAGCUUCCCUAUGGAGAACCAAAUAUCUGAGGUGGCAUCCCUUGCCAACUCAGAAAGUGGAUGCCAACUUGAUGGAAAUGUAAUUAAUCAUAGAGUGUCAUUUGAGUUAACUGGUGAAGAUGUUGCUCGCUGUCUUGCAAAUAAAUCCAUGGCAUCGGUUAGAACUGCAUCAGACCCACUGAAGGAUACGCCAUCAGAAUGUGGAGUGAAAAAGGACAGGAUGAUAUCAACAGGUACUGAUCAUUUCAGCGAGUCGUGUGUUGAAGAAACUUCCGUUGAAUUGCCAGAAAAUGAUCAUGGAGAAUGGGAGGAUCAGUGCUACCGAAAGCAUCGAUCCAUCACUCUUGGGUCAAUAAAGGAAUUCAAUUUUGACAGCACAAAGUCAGAAUUUUCAGAUAAGCCUACCAAUGGCUCAGAGUGGUGGGCUAAUGAAAAAGUAGCUGGAAAGGAAUCUAAGCCUGGCAACGGUUGGACUUUCUUUCCCAUUUUGCAGCCAGGAGUCAGCUAACGUAGAAAAUAUUUCAUCAUAGCUUCCCCUCUGUGAAAGGACUUUGAAAUCAAUUGGAUUUGCAACUGUAAAGCAGCUAACCCAUCUGUUGUAAAUCUGGAGUUAUACAAUUUUGAAGAUACGGCUACAGCUUGGCAAAACUUGGGAUCAAAUUGUUGUUGGAUGAAUGGAUGGAUUGCAGAGAUGAAAGAACUGCUUAUGAAUGUGUUAGGAGCAGAAACAAGAUGCAGAGAGGAGAUAAUUUUCUAGGAAUUAGUGUGAGUACUGAUAGAGCAUUCUUUGUAAUAUUUCUUGAUGUUAUACAAAGGGAUAGCAUUCGCUUAUAGGGGGUUUUGUUGUGGACUACUUUUUCUUGUAAUGUGUAACAAUAAAAAAAUGAAGAAGCUCAUAUUUCCACAUUUUUUAAGAGACCUCUAAAUCAUUUGGUGAUC